UCUCCAUAGUCUUCCUCUUCAUCAUACAUUUCCAACUCUCUUUCAAUCAAAUAUCAAUUGCCACAAAGAAGAAAAAAAUGCAUAUAAGACAAGUAUAUAUAACCACCUAAUCUCAUUGGUGAAAAGUGGGACUAUAGUUCCUAAAAGCCAAGAUAAUGACAUCAAGGAGAUUUUAUUGGCAUAGCUUGGAAAGGAUUUCUUGAUGAUUCAUGUGAAAUGUACAACAAGUUCUUAGGCAGUAUCAUAACCAUGAAGCAAAAAAAUCCAACAUCAACCACACCAACAACUUCGCUCAAACAUCAACAACAUACUGAUACUAAGUCUCCACAAACAACAACAGCAACACCAACAACACGUUUCAGAGUAAGAGCUUCUUCUAAGACACCACCAGAGAUUGUCAAUAGAGUCUCUCCCAUUUCAUCAACAAGAGCCAAGUCAGUACCUCCUGAGUUAAAGCACAAUUCAAAGGCCAAGAGGAGUAUUGUGAUGAAAUCCAUUCAAGAGGUUGAAAGUUCUUCUCACAAAGGUAGUACUAGGGAAGUUGAAGAAAAUAAGGUUGUUUCCAUUGCUCGACCGCGGCGAAGGAUGGUGGAGGAUGAUCAUGAUGUGAAGGAGAAAAAAGAGUUGCUUGAGAAGCUUGAGGUGAGUGAGAGUUUGAUCAAGAGUUUACAGUCUGAGGUGAAGGCUUUGAAGGAUGAAUUGGAACAUGUUACAAGCUUGAAAAUUGAGCUUGAGUCUCAGAAUAUAAAGCUUACUCAGAAUCUUGCUACUGCUCAAGCUAAUUUAGCAGCUGUUGCAACAACUAGCAGUACUAGAAAGAAUGAGACAAUUGGAGAACACAAGAGUUCCAAAUUUAAAGACAUACAAAAACUCAUUGCUGACAAAUUGGAAAGGUCUAAGGCGAAAAAAGAAGCUAAUCAUGACGCGAUUUUCGUUAAACCUUCAAUUCCACCUCCAACUUCAUCACCAAGUCAAGCCAUUCGUGAAACUACAAGUAUAGGAAGAAAAUCACCAACCAAUCAAAGCCUCCUACCACCUCCUCCACCGCCACCACCACCGAUUCCGUCUCGGCCUUUGGCAAAAUUAGGCAACACUCAAAAGGCUCCUGCAAUUGUCCAACUAUUUCACUCGAUAAAAACUCAGGAUGCGAAGAAAGACUCCAAAGGAUCCAUGACUCAUCAUCAUAAACCAAUAAUAACUAACAGUGCACACAAUAGCAUUGUAGGGGAAAUUCAAAACCGUUCGGCUCAUCUGUUAGCAAUAAGGUUGGACAUUCAAACAAAAGGGGAGUUCAUUAAUGAGCUUAUUAAAAAGGUGGUUGAUGCAGCCUAUGUCGAUAUUGAAGACGUCCUCAAGUUUGUUGAUUGGCUUGAUGGUGAACUAUCUACUUUGGCUGAUGAGCGUGCUGUCUUGAAGCAUUUUAAGUGGCCUGAGAAGAAAGCUGAUACGAUGCGUGAGGCUGCAGUUGAGUAUCGUGAGCUUAAAAUGUUAGAACAAGAGAUUUCAUCUUACAAGGAUGAUCCUGACAUUCCAUGUGUAGCUAGUUUGAAAAGGAUGGCAAGUCUAUUAGACAAGUCUGAGCGGAGCAUACAGAAGCUAGUCAUGUUAAGAAAUUCUGCUAUACGUUCGUAUCAAGUUUACAACAUUCCAACUGCAUGGAUGCUUGAUUCGGGAAUAACGAGCAAGAUAAAGCAGGCUUCUAUGACUUUGGUCAAGAUGUACAUGAAAAGAUUGACAAUGGAGCUCGAAUCCAUUCGAAAUUCAGACAGAGAAUCCAGUCAAGAUUCUCUUCUACUACAGGGUGUGCAUUUUGCUUAUAGAGCGCAUCAGUUUGCUGGAGGUUUGGACUCAGAAACUUUGUGUGCAUUUGAAGAGAUAAGGCAACGAGUACCAGGAAACCUAGCAGGGUCAAGAGAACUUUUGGCUGGCAUAGCAUCAACAUGAGAAGUCACUGAUUUUUAACACUACUGCUAAUGGUUACAAAAUGUUGGUUACUAAACAUUUAUUAUUCUUAAAAUAUCUUUUCCAAUGCUCAAAGCUUGCUUACUAUGAAGUAUGAAGUAUGAAGCCCCUCAGUCAGAAGAUUUUAUGAAGAAAGUACACUCCAGUUCAUAGAUAAGUCUGCUAUGAAAAUGUAAUAACCUGUCUCACAAUCUAGGAAUAGGAUCUUCAAUUAUGAAUUGCUGAUUUUAAUUAGUAAAUUUUUUGAAA